ACAAAGGAAAAGACAGAAAGUGCACGUCAGAACAAGGCUGUUGGCUUGGGCUGUGGCGUAGGAUGGAUGGUGAGCUUAAAAGAAAUCUUUCCUCAUCCACAUUUCUCUCUCUCUCUCCCUCUCUCUUCCUCAUCUCUCUCUCUCUCUCUCUCGCUCUCGCUCUUCUUCUUUUAGCUACCACACUCGCACGCCCACAUUUGUAAAUUUUUCAGAACUAUUAGUUUUUUAUCCUACUUGUUGUUGAAUUUCUUGCUGUUUGUAACCGGAAAAGCAAAGGGUUGUUGAAACAUUAAGGAGCAGAUUAGUUUAGCCGAAAGGUUAGAUUGAAAAUUUUCUUUACUUCGAUUCUGAAGUGUUGGAACUUCGAGCUAGCUAGAAUUCAAAUUAAGGAGUAAAAGGGAAAGAGAAAAAUACUAUUCUAGGAUAUAAAUGAGAAAUUAUAAGAUAAUUGUAGCUUUGUUGCAUGCAGUGUGACAGAUGUUUGUAAAUUAGGGUUUUGCACUCAGAUCUAGCUCAGACAUGUACAUGUCACAGAGAUGGAAUAGCUAGUUUGAUCUUACUAAUACACAUGAACACUCAUAAUCUUCCGCAUCAUCAUCCACAAAGAGAAGAGAUGAUGAUGAUGAAGGGUUUGAUGGUUGAACAUGACAACAUGUCCAAUUUGACAUCCGCAUCUGCUGAAAUUAGUGCUUCUUCCAGUAUUAGAAAUGAAGCAGCCGGUGGUUCUAACCUUAAUUACAAUCAAUACUCCUCUGCAUCAACCAAUCAAUUACCGCCACCACCGAAAAGAAAGAGAAAUCUUCCUGGCAAUCCAGACCCAGAUGCUGAGGUAAUAGCCUUGUCUCCAACAACACUAUUGGCGACGAAUAGGUUUAUAUGUGAGAUCUGUAACAAAGGGUUUCAGAGAGAUCAGAAUCUUCAGCUUCAUAGAAGAGGGCAUAAUUUGCCAUGGAAGCUAAAGCAAAGGACAAACAAAGAGGUGAUCAGGAAGAAGGUGUAUGUGUGCCCGGAGUCUACGUGUGUUCACCAUGAUCCAUCAAGAGCUCUUGGAGACCUCACAGGGAUCAAGAAACACUUUUGUAGAAAACACGGUGAGAAGAAAUGGAAGUGUGAAAAAUGCUCGAAAAUCUAUGCGGUUAAAUCGGAUUGGAAAGCUCAUUCCAAGAUCUGUGGCACACGAGAAUACAGAUGUGACUGCGGCACUAUUUUCUCUAGGAGGGACAGUUUCAUCACUCACAGAGCCUUCUGUGAUGCAUUAGCACAGGAGGAGAGUGGUAGAGGAAUCACACCCAUUAUUAACCACCACCCUCUUCUUAUUUCCUCACAACCCAGACUCCCUAUCCAUGGCCUCCAAGCAUCAUCAUCAUCAUUGCCAGUGAAAAGGGAACAAGAAUUUGUACCAUGGCUGACUCCUAAUCUAUCCUUACCUCCUCCUCCGCUAUUAUUCUCUUCUUCUUCUUCUUCUACUUCUUCAUUGGAGCGUUCUUUCAUACACCAUCAGAACCCUAACCCUAGUUCUACUACUAGACUAGUCCCACCAAUAGCCACUGCUACGGCUUCCCCUCACACAUCCGCCACUGCAUUGCUGCAGAGAGCAACAAAAAUGGGGGCUGCCACAAUGAGCAAAGCUUCAACAUUUCUUCCACCCCAUCAACCUGCUGCUGCCAUAUCUGGAAUCAUGGAGGAGGGUUGGUUUGGGAAUAUUAAAGCUGCUCCUAAUCCUAAUUCUCCUUCUCUUCUCCAUGAUAUGAUGAGCUCUCUGUCUUCUGAAGCUGGGCUUGCAGCACCUGCCUCAUCAUAUUCAUAUGGAGACGCGUCCAAUACUGCAGGGAGCUUUGUGGAAAUUCCUCCCAGUAACACAGCCUCAGAAACCCAGCUACAGACUAGCAUUGGAGUCGGUGGUGGUGAUGGUGGCAAUGAGGGAUUGACGAGAGAUUUUUUGGGGCUAAGAGCAUUCCCUCAAAGAGAUUUUUUUGAUAUGGUUGGGCUUCAUCAUAUCAAUAAUUCUUCUUCCGCCUAUGGAGAGCCGCAGAAUCAUAACCAAUCACAGUGGCACGGUUAGUAAUUAGCAAAUGGCUGUGCGUGUCCGAAUUUCUUUUUCUAGCUAGGCCUUGAAUCUAACAUAUAUAUAUAUAUAUAUAAGUUGGGAAAGAGGAUUUAAUCACUAUGCCAGGCCUUGAAUCUAAAACCUGUGUUGAUUAUUGAAUGAUCCUUGAUAACUCUAUCCCAAAUCAUUAUUUGAAACCUACCAUUUGCAAGGCUUAUUGAGGCAUUGUAAUUUUGGUUAUGGAAUUAUUAAUAUAUAGCAGCGCUCUAAUUAUCUGAGCUAUGAAUUUGCUUUUUCUCUUAA